AUGUCUUCCGAAAUUCGAAUCCAGUGUCCAAAAUGCUCGGAAAAUCUGGAAACUCCCGAAUUCCUCUGCAAACAUCUGGAGAAAUCGCACAAUUUCAGCGAUUUUCAGCUCGAAAAUCGGAUUUUUGAGAAUUUUACGCAUUUUCAGGUGAGUACUGUAGAUCUGGGUUACUGUAGCUCAACAUUUGGAGCAUUUUGAUACCAAAUUUGAUAGGGGGUACUGUAGAAGAUCUAGGAUUACUGUAGGAAUUCAAAUUUUUCAGGGGUACUGUAGAUCUGGGUUACUGUGGAAACUGUAUCUCAGAUAAACAAUAAUUUCUACAGUAACCCUAGAUUACUGUAGUAGAGAAAAAACUACAGUACAUCUACGAGAGCUACAGUAAUCCCUAAAAGGCUUGUUUGGUGUCAAAAAACGUGGAAUUUUCGCGCCUACAGUACCCCAGGAGAGUACUGUAGAUCAAUUGUCGUUUCAGAUCUGGUUGGCAAUGAUUGAAGACUCACGGAGUGAUGGAAGCGGUUACGUGGGUUCUGGCGAGGGUCCCGCCACGGAAAAUGUGAGUACUGUAGGUCUCAAAUUUCGCGCGCCAAAAACUACAGUACCCCUUCUUCAGGAAUACUAUCUACUGUGCCGUCGCCCGAAAAAUGCCACGUCAUCAACUUCAAAGCGACGCCGACUUUCAGAAGAAUUUCAGCCGAAUUUCAGCCAGCUCACUACCGUAUCCUGCACCGCUUUUGUGCACGUUUUGGAACACGUGGACGGGCGGGUUACUGUAGUUUUCUGCCUGGAACAUUCGUGUGCUGAAAAUUUGACUGAAAAUCGCAAGAGGUACGGUAGCCUAGCCUACAGUACCCUACAGUAAUCCAAUUUCAGAGAAAAUCUGAAACGUGGCUCACCUGCCACGUCACAGGACGAGAUUAUGAUGGAGGAGGAAGACGAGGCUGAAGCUGAGGAAGUCAACAAUAAUAACAAGGUACGGUAUCUACAGUACCCCUUUCGUUGCGGGACCCUACAGUAACCCAAACCCUAGCAUAUUUGGUGUCAAAAUGCUCCAAAUUUCGCGCCAAAAUCUACAGUAACCCUCAAUUUUUGCAGAUUUGCUCAAUAAAUUCACAAAUCUCCCAAAGACUCGACACCACCGCUGACAAAUUGAAGCGAUUGACGAAAGUUUUGGCGGAAUUGGCGGUGGAUAUUCGGACUUUUUGA